AUGAUGGAUAACCAAAUAUCGACAGCAACUGUUGCUAGUGGCCGAGCAACAAUGACCACCACAGAUAGUAUUACUGUGCUACCGACACAUCUUCAUCGUAUUCUACAAAAUUUUCUUCUGAUCUGGCUUGAUGCCAAUUUUAAUGAAUCUGAAGAAGAUUUCAAGAAAUCAAUUCAACAUCUACGACAUAUUGUGGCAUCAAUCAGGACGUUCACCGAUGCUAACGAAUGUGUCAAUUUUCUCCGUAAAAUUAAAGAAGAAAAAGCAUUUAUAAUUGUAUCUGGGUCAUUGGGACAGCGUAUAAUACCAGAAAUUCAAGCAUUGCCACAAUUGGAUUCUGUUUAUGUGUUUUGUGAUGAUAAAUCGGUUCAUGAACAGUGGGCCAAAACAAUACCUAAGAUAAAAGGUGUUUACACAGAUAUUAAAGCGAUUUGUAAAGCAUUACAAGCCGAUCGUGAAGACUGUGAUCGAGCCAUGAUCUCGCUCAGCUUUAAUGGCAUCGAUCCGUUAUUUAUGUAUACACAAUUGUUGAAAGAAGUUCUAUUGGAAAUUAAAGAUGAUGAUACAAAGUCUGUUAAAGAAUUUGUUGAUUUUUGUCGUUGUCAAGAAGAAGAUAUUGAUGAAGAAGAAAUCGAUCAGUUCGAGCGCGAAUAUCGUAGUGAUAAAUCCAUUUGGUGGUAUACGGCUGAAACCUUUAUUUACCCCAUGCUCAAUCGUAGUCUUCGACUGAUGGAGGUUGACAUUAUACUAAAAAUGGGUUUCUUUAUUCAACAAUUACAUCAAGAUAUUGAAAAUUUACAUCGUGAUCAACAAUCCACCAACACGGCAUCUAUUGCUGUAUUUGAAGUGUUUCGAGGUCAACGUUUAUCACUCGAAGAUUUUGACAAAGUUAAAAAAACAAAAGGUGGACUUAUGUCAUUCAACAACUUCCUGUCCACAAGUCGAAACUAUAAUAGAGCUCUUGAGUGGUUUGCACGACCAGCAGCACUCCGUGAUCCCAGUUCAGUUGGCAUACUCUUCGUUAUGACCAUAGAUCGGACAUUAUGUGCACAAUCAUCAAUUCCUUUUGCUGACGUGAAAAAUGUGGGCGCCUUCAAAGAUAAAGAAGAAGAAAUUCUUUUUUCAACACACACAGUUUUUCGCAUCGAAGAUAUUAAACGAAUUCAAGAUGAUCAAACUGACCGGCUGUGGAAAGUCAAUCUCACUCUUAUAGGCAACAACAACCAUGAUCUAAACACGCUUACAGUAAGUAUACGAGAAGAGCUCAAGUUGAAAGCAGCACAAGGUUUGUCUCGAUUGGGUUUCAUCCUUAUUAAAAUUGGCGAGUUUUCAAAAGCAGAACAGCUCUAUCAGAUCCUCCUCGAAAAAGCAUCUUCUAAUAAAGAUCAAGCAGAUUAUAAUCUUCUACUUGGCUCGGUGUAUGAUGACAUGGGCGAGUACUUGAAAGCAAUUUCAUAUUAUGCACGAGCGCUUGAAAUCCAAAAAAAAUAUCUUCCUUCGAAUCAUCGCGAUUUGGCUCUUUCCUACAGCAAUAUUGGUUCGGUAUAUGCUAACAUGGGUGAAUACUCAACAGCACUUUCGUAUUACGAAAAAGAUCUGGAGAUCAGUCGAAAGGCUCUCUCUUCACUUCAUCCCUACUUGGCUAUUUCCUACCACAACAUUGGUAAUGUGUAUGCUACCAUGGGCAAGUACUCAGAAGCACUUUCAUUGUAUAAACAAGCGCUUGAUAUCGAUGAAAAAGCUCUUCCAUUGACUCAUCCUGACUUAGCUACUUCCUAUAUGAACAUUGGUGCAGUAUAUGAUAGGAUGGGCGAAUACUCGAAAGCACUUUCAUAUCACGAAAGAUCACUGGAAAUCAAGAUAAAAGCUCUCCCUCCGAAUCAUCCUGACUUGGCAUCUUUCUACAGCAACGUCGGUGUUGUAUAUUUUAAUAUGGGCGAUUAUUCACAAUCACUUACAUAUUACGAAAAAGAUCUGGAGAUCAGUCAAAAGACUCUUUCUCAAACGCAUCCACAUAUUGUAGAAUUGAAAAAAAAUAUAGAAAUGGUGAAAAACAGAUUGUAA